AUGAAUCCUCGACGUCUUCUCGGUGCAUUUGGAGCACUUUGGCUCGCCGCUAGUGCUAAUGCGGCGGUCAUGAGCCCUCGUGCCGACACCGUCGACACUGCCAGCCUUGACCUGCUUACCAAAGGAGCCGACGCGCAGGUGCAGUCUGUCAUUGACACCAAGGCUUCAGCCCUUCGUGGCGAACCCCGUCCUUUGACUCGUCAGGUUCGCAGACUCGUCACACCUUUUGUGUGGUCUCAGUCGACCUAUCAUCAUGACGAGUCUUUGAUCCCACACAUCGAAGAGAUGCUCGCCAUGCUCGUCCAGCGCCAGCACGACGACGGGACAUUUAGUGGUGGAAACCGCCACUCGCCCCCUGAUACUGGCUUUCUCAUUGAAGACUUUGGAAUUAUGGAAACUAUCCUCUCGCGAGACCAACACCCCGCUUCGACUCGCAUGGCAGAAACCAUCCGUCUCAUCCUUACCAAAGCCGGUCCUGGCAUGGCCAAGGGCGGUGUUCACACACCCAACCACCGCUGGAAGAUUUGCUCUGCUCUUGCACGCAUCUACAAGGUGACUGGAGAGGAGAGCUACGUCGACCGAAUCGACGAGUGGCUCGCUGAGGGAAUCGACCAGGACGCCGACGGUAUCUACUCGGAGCGCAGCCCCAUCUAUUACGGUGCCGUGUCCAACCCGUCGCUUCUCGCCGUUGCUCACAUCCUGAACCGCACCGACCUGAUUUCAUACGUUCGCAAGAACCUCGAGCUCAACAUUCAGCACUCCGAGCCAAACAGCGAGCCCGAGGUCGUCCACUCGCGCCGCCAGGACCAGAGCCAAGCCAAACGCGAUCUGCAGGACUUUUACGUCCAGUACCGUGAGCUUGCUCUCCUCGACAACAAUGGCCGCUUCGCUGCCAUGGCAAAUGUGAUCGAAAAGGUCGGUGGAUUGAACCUAGGCGAUUUUCUCGCCGAUGUUGUCGAGCGGCAAGAGCUUAUGCAGCAGCUACCUGCAGAGGAGCAGCCUUUUGUCGACUUUGAGAAACUCUACAGCGGUGCGGGCCUUGUCCGCGCCCGUCGUGGGAAGUUGACUACUACCGUUUUCGGUGGCACCGAUUGGUAUAGCAAUGGCGAGGAGACCGAGUUCUUCAACCGCAUCGGCUCCGGUCUAUCUACCAACCCCACGCUUUUCCGAGCCUGGAACGGUGGCCUGGUGCUUGAGGGUGUACGCGUCGUGUCGGACUUUUUCUCCAUGGGCCACUUCCGGUCCAACGGUAUCUCGUUUGCCGACGGCGUGAGCAAGCUGGGCAAUGAGCUCAAGAUCCCAUACUACCUCCCGAUCGCACCCGAACUCCGUGACCAGAACGGCACCUACAAGAUGUCGAGGUCCGUAGAUGGGCGCUUCUACUCGGCGCUCGACUUUGGGAACCGGCCCACCAGCACGCGAGACCUCAAAACGGACAUCACCAUUUCACCAACGGAUACAGGUUACGAUCUUGUCUUUGAUGUGACUGGAGAGGCCGACGUCGGUGUGACAAUCGAGGUAACAUUCCGCCCGGGUGGGACGCUCGAGGGAGCCGAGGAGUUGGUAGAUGAGAACGGCGUCACGACGUACCACCUUGUCGAAGGACAGGGCAAGUACAGUCUGGGCAACGACACCAUCACAUUCGGCCCUGGCAACGGCGAUGGCGUUAUUGAUACCAGCGCCGGUGAGCAAUACAGCUGGCCUGGUGGUAACCUCGUUUUGACGGGCCACCGCGUGUUCAUCACUGGCACGUCUCCCAUGAAAUACACGCUGAAGCUGGGAUUUGCAUAG